AUGCACGCUGUCUACAAGGCAACUGGCAAGAAGCUCCCACAUAAGGCGCAGAAGCAGUACACUUCCCGCAAGUGUAUGCACGUUCCACUCUCGCAGAGGAAGAAAGGCGAUCUAGUCUUCUGGGGCACGAACGGGAAUUGCAAGCGCGCUAUCAAGCAUGUGGCUAUCGUUAAGAACAAGCAGAAAACCACCAAUGCGCCGCGCAAGGGCAAGCCCAUUCGAGUGCAGAAUCAUUAG